AUGGAGCCGUCUCCUUCUUCCGAGUUCAACGCUGCGUGGGAAUUUGAGGAGAGUCCGUUGCUUCUUUUUGGCAGUUCCCUGCCCAGAGGAGUCAUCCCUCCCUACAGUUCAGUGGAGGCUCCCAUAUUGCUGCUGGCCAAGGCUGUCGGCAGACAGCAGCACACUGCACGCAUCGCUGUGUUUGGUAGAACACAGCCACCCCUGGAGGUGGUCUUGUCUUGUUUUGGCCAGGGUCCGACGGUACAUGUGCAGCCUCCAGAGCUUGCCUUUGGCAAAAUCCCGGUUCUGACGGAUGUUACUAGAGUUCUAAAUCUGUUCAACCAAUCACCCAUCCCAGCGCCCUUUACUGCUCGCAUGGUCCGUAGUAAGUCCCCAUGGGAUGUGGAGCCCAGCGACGGGGAAGUGCCCCCUGAGGGCCAGCUGGAGCUCAGGCUGGUAGCACACCUGAAGGACACUCUCCUCUUCAAGGACAAGCUGGAACUGGCAAUCAAAGACAGCCACACACACACCAUUCCUGUAUCUGCCACCGGCACUGGCACCACCAUUGUCAGUAACCAACCCUUCAACCCCAGCCUCGACCUAGGAACACACUUCAGUCAAAGCUCCUUACGCUCCAUCAAAAUGUCCAAGGCGAAAGACGUCUCUAACCAAGUCUCCCUGCCGUCCAUCAUUACCUCCAGGAAGGGAAAGGUUUCUAGUCGUGGAUCCCAGGUACCUUUUAGCAGAGAGGAGCCCACGUUCAGCCUCAGCCCCUCUCGAGUGGAGCUUUUUCCAGGCUGCUCCGUUGACAUGGUGCUGACAGGAUCUUCAGACUCCGCCAAGGUAGUACAUGAGCGUCUGGUGUGCCUUGCCAUCCUCGGUCUGCAGGGACGUUAUGAGCGCAUCAUGACUGUUGAUGUCACCUGUCGUUUCGUGGCUCCCGUACUCAGCAUUUCCACCAAGCAGCUGAACUUCUAUGCAGAAAAGGUCCCAGGAAAGAGUCUAGUUCCCCUGUAUGAGAAGGUUGUCUUAAAGAAUAUAUCAUCUCUGGCUCUGUCUAUGGACCUGUCUCUGACAGAGCCAUUCGCUCUGUGUGAAGCUAAGGGAGACCCCUCCAUGGCUACCACCAAGGCAGUGGUUUUAGGGGAUGGGAUGCAGGCUGAGGUCUGGGUAAGCUUCAACCCAACAUACCAUCAGGAUCAGAUGUCACGCAUGGCAGACGAGUUCCUUGAGGUGCACUACAAGGAGCAUCCUCAGCAGGACACGAUAGGGCUGCACGGUGAGGUCCACUUCCCCAAUCUUCACUUCUCUGCCACCUGCCUAGACUUUGGCUGUGUGCUCAACCACACAGAGACCCAGAGAGAACUCACCAUUAUCAACUGCUCCCCACUGCCUGUAUCUUACUGCUGGACUUUCCUGGUAGACCAGAGGCAGCUCUCUAUCAGAGAGACAGAAGUUUCCUCAGCAUCCCUCGAGGAGCGAGACCCAGAGGGUGAGACCAAAGAGAGGAACGGCUUCCCUGAACAACUCCCCCUCUCAACUCCUUUUACCACCAGCCUCCUCCCAAAGGCCCACUCCUCCUUGUGCUGCCCUGUCGGUGUGGAAGAGGUCUUUGAUAUCUUGCCAAUCUAUGGGCAACUGCAGCCUGGUGACAGCCAGCUAGUCACCUUUACCUUCUAUGGCCACGCUGACUAUAGUGGUCAGGUUGUGGCGCAGUGCCAGGUAGAAAAGGGGCCUACGUAUGAUGUGACACUCAAAGGAGAAGCCUCUGACGUCACCUACAGCCUGGACUCCACCCACAUCAACCUCGGCCUGCAGCUGUUUGACCAUGUUGCAGAGGUGGAGCUGACCCUAAAGAACUGUGGCAGGAUGGGCUUCAGGUUCACCAUCCUGCUGCCACAGGAUGAGAAGGUGGAGAGACAGGAGGACGCCCCUGAGGAUGAGUGGCAGUUUGAUGGGGAGCAGCAGCAGGAGGAGGAACAUGAAGUGAAAGUAGAAAUGCAGGGGGCAAUUCCUCUGGAGCCUAAACCCAGUCAGCCUAUGGUUGUUCCUGCCGAAUUGCAGGUGGCUUACCUUCCACCUCAGGACAUCAUCCUGACAGGAGAGGGAGUCUUCCCCAGGAUCAGCCUGGACCUGCCACGACACCUGCCGGAGGAGCUCUAUGGUGAGGUGGUGCAACAGUCCAGGGCAGCUGUGGAGGCUGACAGGCCCACCCCUGGCGGAGGAGAGACAUUGGAGGACAACUGUAUGCCCACUUAUGAGGAGCUGCUUCACACAGAGGUCGAGAGACGGCUGGUCAAGGACAAUGCUGUCGCUGUAACGAGCAGUCUGCUGGAACUUCGAGAUGCGUCGGGUUCCUCCAGCAAGUGGCAAAAGCUCAGUAGGUUCCUGCUUCCGGAGUAUGUUCUAGAUUUUGGCUACGUCAUUCACGGCAAAGCUGUUAGUCACACAGUCAAGGUCACUAAUACCGGGCCAGUGGACGUAUCUUUCCGUGCCAUCUUCAAACCUCUGGCUGGAACAGGUUUUAGCACAGAGUUUGAACGAGUCAAGAGCCUGCCUUGUUGCGAGACACAUACUUUCACGGUUAAAUUUGACCCUCAAGGAGCGAAUCUGCCAAUGGGGGACAUCAGUGUUGUCAUGCCCAUACAGGUGACAGGAGGUCCCAUGGUGCAAGUGCGGCUUUGUGCAGUGGUGACCACGCCGGCCCUCACUGUUUCCACAGACAUGCUGCAGUUUGACACUGUGCAAUGUGGCAUGUGUCAGAUAAACAAGUUCCUCCCGCUCUACCAGCGUAAAAAGGCCUUGCUGGAGCAACGUCCUCCUAAAGCGGUGUUUCAGAUGGAGCCCUCCUCCGGUCUGCUCCACCCCAGAAACAGGGUUAAUGUGCAAGUCAAGUUUAGCCCUGCUGAGGGGCGGGCUUACAGCAAACGGCUGGUGGUGCAUGUGGCCCAGAGCACUCAGACGGUGGUGAUCCUGGCCCAGGGGCAGGGGGAGGAGCCUGAACUGGAGUUCUCACCAUCAGUGUUGGAGCUGGGGCCUUGCCUACCUUUAAGUGCCGGGGAAGAGGCCGUGGUCACUGUCACAAACCCCUGCCCCUUCCCCAUCGAGUUCUACUCCCUGGAGUUUGACACGCAGUACCUCGAGGAGGAGAAGAUCCUGUGUCUGAUUAAGGAUUAUGAUGAACAUAACGUUCUACUUCUGCCCCCGAGGGCCCCCGGAGAUACACUACCUCCAGAGCUGCUGGACCACUACAAAGAACACUUCUCCCAGCUGGCAGACGAUGAGCUGGAGGUGGACCUCCAUAAAAAGGAGGCUUUCUCUGAGAAGCAAGACAGGCAAGAAGAGGAUGAGAGGCCUAAACAGAAAUCUGGCCACACACAGAACAGGGAGAAGAUGUCACCAGCACCUUGUGAGUUGAACGUAGAGGAGACUGACGGUAUGGGGCUGUUGGAGACAACCCCUGUCUCUAGAGCUAUUGCUCGGUAUCUGGGCUUCGAACUCUCACCCGAGGAUUUGGCAGCACGCAACCAGCGAGGCAUUGCUGUCAUUGUGUAUGGGGCACCGCUGACAGGAAAGAGCAGCAUAGCAGUAGCUCUGGCUCAUCACUAUGGAGGGGUGUGUUUGAGCAUUGAUGCUGUGGUAACAGAGGCGCUGACCAGCGGGGCGUCACCUGCCAGCCUAACUGCAAGACAGCGCUACGACCGGGCUGCCACUGAGCAUGCUCAGAGGAAGGCUGAGGAGGCCGUACAGAUUAUUAUCUAUGUGCUUGCAGCUCGGGCCAUGCAAGACUCUACAGGAGCAGCAUCACUGUUUCCCCUGCGCCCAGCUGUUUCCCCAGCGCCAGCUUCCGAUGCUAACGCUCAUCUUAACGUGGAAGCUGUAGCCAAACAGACAGAGGAACGCAACCAGAUCAGUGACUGGGGAGAUUUGCAGAGAACGGGAGGUUCAGAGGCUUCCAUUUCCCUGGACGAUCAGAUCAGUGUAAUUUUGAGCCGGGUGGGAGGAGAGGCCACUCUAUGCCACGUCUUGCCUGAACAACUACUGAUCGAUACCCUGGCUGAAAGACUGCAGCUGAGUGAUUGCUACCGUGGGGUUGUGAUCGAUGGCCUGGAGUCUGUGUACGCCCAGUCCACGGCCAGUGCUUUGCAAGUGGUCCUCAAAGCCUUCAGCAACCGCAAACACAUCUACCUGGUCAACCUGAAAGACUCCUACACUGCCUGGAAAGCACGGGAGCAGGCGCAGAGAGAGGCUGAUGAGGCGCUCCAGAGGGAGGCAGCUGACAGGGAGAGGCAGCGCCUGCAGGAGAUGGAUGAAGAGGAGUAUGAUGCUCUGCCAGAGGAGGAGAAGGAAAGGAUUGCUCAGUGGCACCUGGAGCAGGUCCGAGAGCGCAAACGCAGGGAGCUGGAACAAGUAUUGAAAGAGCAGGAGGAAAAAAGGCAGCGGAAGGAGAUGGAGAGACUGAAGGAAGAGGAGUUAAAGAAAAAGAACAAGAAGGCAGGAAAGAAUGACAUUAAAGAUGAACAGUCUGAGAGGAGGAGCCAGCUGGGAAGGAUGCAGUCCACAGCUUCGGUGGAUGGCAGGAGGAUGUCCUAUGGCAACAUUUCUAAAGACUCGCCAACAGAGGUCAAAGAGCAAGCCAAUGGAGUGCAGCCAAGCAAAGAAGGUGAAGAUGAACAAAGGAAGAAACAAGAGACCAAGGAACCUAAGGAGGAGUCUCCUCAACAUUUAGACAAGCUGGAGAGAGAAACGACCCAGCCUGUCAAGGAUGACUGCCCGCUGCUGUCUCGCUUCUGUGCCUAUGAACAGAGUCAAGUCAAGGUGGCUUACAUGCUGCAGCACUGGGACCGGAUACGAGGCUUGUUGCUGGAGAAACAGCCUUCGGCCAGUAAGAGAACCAGGAAAGAAGGGGAGAAGGAGAGGCUGGAGAAAGAGAAACAGAAGGCAGAUGUAGCUAGCAUCAAGGUGGCCUCUCCAGUGCCUAGCCAGAUGCUCCCACCAGGCGAGGGAGGAGCACCAGAGGAUAAGGAGUCACUGCCAGCCAUCAUCCCUCACAUUCUUCUGAGUGUAACAGAGCGAAAUUACCCAAGUGUUGUAGAGCUGCUCAAGGGUGGGAUCCUGCCUCCCCCCGAGGAGGUGAAGAACGAGUUGGGCUUGGGUCCUAGAGGCCCACCGGUCCCACCUCCGGCCAUCUUCUCUGUGAUUCCAUUCCCCAAGAAGAGAGAGGAUUCCAACAGUCAUCAGAACCUAAACUGUUUCACCUUGCUGGCUCCCUCUGAGGAGAGGACAGACACAGAGGCAGACAUGCAUGCCCUGGAGCCACCCAUGAAGGAAGAAGUAGUAGUAAGUCCAUCUAGGAUUCGCGGUAAGAGGGCAGGUACAGCAUCGAAAAACAAGGACAAGGACGGCAAAGCGGGUACACUAACAAAGAAUAAGAAGGACAAAGAGAGUCAGAGGGACAAGAUGCAAACGCCCUCCAAGAGAGGAGGGAAGAGCUUGGAGCCUCCCCCUUCGUCUCCUCGCCUGUCUGUCACCCCUCUUUCUGACUGCAGUGAACAAGGCAUCCCAUCUUUAGACUUACUACUUGAACACAGAAAAAACACAUUCCGCUGGGUGGUACCAGCCAAUGGCAAGGUGACCCUGAAGAUCGGGUUUCAGUCAAGUUCUUGUGGAGUAUUUGACCAGACGCUGAACUUUGAGCUGCUGGGCACGGGGAGAUGUUACCAGGUCUUAUGUAGAGGCAUCUGCACCUACCCCUCCAUCUGCACAGACUACACGACUCUUUUUGCUCUGACCAAGAGUGUGCCUAAAAUGAAAGAAGGUCUUCAGAAGACUUAUGUGGUCCAACCCGGUGUCUUCGAAUUUGGACCACUGCUCUGUGGCAAGACAAGAGACAGGUACAAGGAAAGGAAGUAUCCAGAGAACACGGAGAGGUUUUUAAUCCACAACAACUCUGCUCUGGAUGCUGAGGUCCAGUUCUGUUUUCAAAAUGACACCAAAGCCACCACAUACCUGCUGGACCCUCCCACCAUGACCCUCAAACCCGACCAGAAACAGGAGCUGACCGUUUGGGCCUAUCCCACCAGUUUAGGGCACUUUGAGGAUUGUGUUGUGUGCUGUAUCAAAGACAAUCCAGAGCCAGUCAUCAUCCGCCUUUCCUGCUUGGGGGUCCGACCGGAGCUGGAGCUGGACCACAAACAGUUGCACUUUAACAAGAUUAUAGUUCACAGGGAGGCAAGACAUUGUGUUACUCUGCGUAACAAGACGGCUCUACCGGCAGUGUGGAGACUGCGGGGUCUGGAGGAGCUGGGUGCUGAGUUUAGUACGCCAGAAGAACAUGGCAUCAUCUCGCCACAUUCCUCCUGCUGUCUGCACUUUUGCUUUAGAGCCGUGAAACCCCUCAACAUCAAGAAGACCCUGCGCCUGGAGGUGUCAGAUGUGGACAACAUCGUGGGGAUUGUGCACACUGAAAACAUGCAAGUUACUUGUGAGGCCUACGACAUAGCGCUGGACAUCACAUUUCCUAAAGGUAGUUCUGGGGCAGCUGACUGUCUGGACUUUGGAACCAUCAAGGUCUUUCAAGAGGUCAAGCUGUGUAUUGUCUUGAAAAAUAACGGAAAAUAUGAAAUCGCCUACAAGUUCACUGUUGAGCAGACAGACCCAUCACAGCCAGACCUGUCUUCCAUCUUCCUUGUUUCCCCCCAGCAAGGUACUCUGCCUCCCACAGACAGGCUCUCCAUGGUGCAGAUUCUCUUCAGAGAAAAUAAGGAGCUUUCCCUCAAGGAGCAGCCCAUCCUACGCUGCCAGUUUUUGUUCUUGGCUCAGAAACUGUCAUUAGAGAACGACCCUCACCAUUACCCGUACAACAUCACACCAAGAAGUAAUAUCGACUUUGGUUCGCUGGUCUAUGGCUGCAAAAAGACCCAGAGCUUUACCAUUGAGAACAAUGGAGAGUUUGAAAUCCAGUUUAACAUAUCCCGCAUGAUCAAGGACCCGGUGCCCAUCCCACCUGGGAAGCCAGGGAAGAAGAUAGCUCAUGAUGGUCCUUCAGCGAAGUUGCCCACUCUCCCUGGCAAAGCGAGGCGUUUUGACCCCAUCCAGAAAGAUGUAAGCCCUACACAGCGCAUGGUGUAUUUUGUGGGGCUCACAGUCCCAUGGGAAGCUGCUGUGCAGGAAGCUUUCGAAAGAAAGAAACUGCGAUAUACAGAGCUUGCAAUGGAGGCAGAACAGCGGGGCUGGAGAGCAAAGAUCUACCCUGUGGUGACAGUGUACUGUGAGGCUGAACAACUGGGCAGCUGGAAUGAGUGUUUGGCUGUGGACAUCACUGACCGUGACCCCUCAGACCAGCCCGGAGGCAUCCCUUACAGACUGAUUGCUGAGGUCUGCGUGCCAGAGCUAGGAUUAGACUUUGCUUCCAUCUUUGAGGAGCAUUACUUGUGUCGCAGCAGCAGUCUGCUCUGUUCUGAGCAGUUCCGUGAUGCAGAAGGAAUUUAUGUCCUCGACGAACACAAGUUUGUCUUCAACAACGUGCUGGUGGGGCGCACCGCCUACGCUCAUCUCAAGCUCACCAACAAAAGCAAGGUGCCCUGCCAGCUGAACCUGGGCAUCAAAUCAGUCAGCACUAAGUUGUGGCGCAGUGUGGAGGUGUUUGAUUUGUCUCCUGCAAAGCUGUGCAUCCCUGGCCAGUCAUACUCCUUUGCUGUAGUCACCUUUACACCCCAGUCCAUGCAGCUGUACCAUGCUGUAUUUGAAGCCACGCUAGAGGGAGCCUCCAGUGUGUUGUCCAUGGUCAAAAACAGAAUGCUGAGGUUUGAUCUAACAGGAGAGGGCAACCUGCCCAGUGUGUGUGUGGAGCGUCCAUCCCUGAGGAACAACCAAGGAAACCCCAUUCUUCAAUUCAAACGGCUGUUGGUUGGGCACAGGCACACCCUGCCCUUGGUACUAAGAAACGAUGGCAAUAUGUUAGCUCUGGUCCAGAUUGACAUGGUGGAUAAGCAAGGAGUGUUCACCUUGAAAGCUGCUCCUGGCAACAGCUGCUGCUCCAUCCAUUCCACACAGCUAGAUGGCGCUAGUGAGUCAGAGCAUCAGCUGGCCUACAGGGCCUCUUUCUGUCUGAGUGUGGGUCAGCAGGCGGAGUUUGAGGUCAACUUUUGUUCUUACCAGCCUGUGAAUGCCAAGGCCAAGAUGACGGUACAGGUGAUGGACAACCAGUACAAUACCACCAUCAUACGACUGGUUGGUGAGGCUUACCAAGACAUUAUCUCCUUUGACAACAUCAGUGGACCAUCACGGGAGCUGGAACAGGAGAUGUGUGAGGAUGGUAAUUAUGAAUUGUUGAAUUUUGGUGACUGCCAUGUGGGUCAGCUGCACCAGGAAUACGUCACCAUGACCAACCACAGCAGCGGCACGGUGCUGAGGUUUGAGUGGCCCGCUGCCGAACCUUAUAUCUCCUUUUCACCACAGGUGGGACAUCUGCAUGCCAGCUGUUCCAAGGAAGUGACCAUCACUUUCUACUCCAAUCAACCGGUGACACUCACCAAUCAGCCACUGAAGUGUAAGCUUUGUGAGGUGGCAUUCCAGCAGCCGUUGGAGCAGGUGCCUGACUGGGAUGACCGGCAGCGGACCGUCCGGUGGUCUACCAGCUCUAAAGAGGCGGCCAGAAGACCCCGACAGCAACCUGUGAAAGAAAAAGUCAUAAAGAUGGAUCCUGAACCUAGCUGCUCUGUAUUGGAGGACUCUAAAAGGGAGAAGGAACUGCAUGUUAGUGCUGUGUGUGACUACGCAAAGUUCAGCUGCAACGCCGACUCAAUCCGCUUUAAAGACACCAUGCUUUACCAAACCAGGCUUUUCCAACUGCAGAUGGAGAACAAUGGCAUUGUGAAGCUGGAGUACUCAUGGCAAGUUUUCAUGAACCCAAACAGUAACAGCAUCACCCAUGAUGACCAAGAAGAUGUGAACCUGGACUCCCGACCAGGCAGCAGGUCAGGAAGGGCAGUGACGGCAUUGCGUCCCUCCAGCGCUCUGGCCAGUGUGACGUCUUUAAUGCUGGGUGACCCUGAGUUGCCCCCCUUCAGUGUGGAGCCCAUCGUUGGGGCAGUUGAUCCUGGAGCCGUUCAGAUCUUCAAAAUCCGCUUCUCACCUCUGAAAGUGUCAAAGUUCCAGGGCAGACUAGUCUGCAGCGUCCCCAACUUGCAGGACAGUGAUAAGGCUCCCUGUUUGUCAGUGUGUGGCCGCAGCCUGCUGCCCUACUGCUAUUUUCAACUGGAGGACUCGGACUACGUCAGUGAGAAGCACUGCAAACCAGAUCUCAUGGCCCCCCUGGACUCCAGCACCAGGGUCAUUGAGUUUAACUCUGUCGGCUUCUCUGCACCCACCACUAGACGUUUUAAUGUGUUAAACCCCACCAAUAAGCCCUACUCAUUCCAGUGGAGAUGUGAAGACCCGGGGCCCUGCCCGUUUCGUUGUCUCACCCCCUGUGGUACCAUCCUGCCUGGGAAGAAAGUGGAGGCAUGUCUGGAGUAUGUAGCAGAGCAACUGGAUGUGGUGGAGUCAUUGUGGAGCUUCUUGAUUGAAGAGUUGUCCCUAUCUGUUCUGUUCCUGUUGGUGGGAACCUCAAGGGAACCAGUGGUCUACCUGGACCGAGCCCACCUUGACCUGGGAAACCUGCUCGUUGGGGAAACGGAGGAGCAAGUGGUGUAUCUGGUGAACGGAGAGGAACAGCCCUACCACUUUUCUGUCCUUCAGCCCUCCCUCCAGUCUGAAGUUCAACACGAUAGCCUCACAUUGAUGCCCAUGAGUGGCACGGUGGCACCAAAACACAACCAGGAGGGCUGCAUGAGAUUCAGGCUGCUGCUGCAGGUCAAGGGGAAGGCAGAGCGUCUCGCUCUAAAUGUUAAAGCUGAUGGCUACACCAUGAGCACAUGUGUUCAAGUGAAGAAUGCAGACGGAGGGCUCCGAGAGGUCAGCCCGGGUCACCCAGACACACUUGACUAUGGAAAGGUGGAGCUUUCAGAGAAAUCCACUUUUAUGCUCCUGAUGUCCAACAUGGGGAGGUUCAGCCUCAAUGUGAAUUUCGACCUGGUCGGUCCCCGUGAGCUGGUGCGGUUUCUUGAGGCAAAGCCACAGGGAGCCAUAGUGGAGGUUGGCGAGCAGCUGUGCUGGUACCUUUCAUUCUGUCCACAGAAAACGUGUGACCUCCAGGAUGUCAGACUCAAUAUAAAAGUGAAGCAUGGACCAACAUUUACCUUUGCUGUUAAAGGCAGGGCCGUGGCGGCUGGCCUUGACUUUUCCUUCACCAAGCACAACUUUGGCAAAUGCUUCCUGUACUGUAAUGGAAUGGUGGCAGUUUCCCAAACACUGGUGAUCAGCAACAAAGAAGAGAGAGACAUCAGUGUCCAGUGCCAAUUUGAGAAUACUUCGUAUUUGGAGAUAGGCCUCCAGCCAGAUAUUGUGCCUGCUGGUGGUGCAAUGGAGGUGCCGGUUACCUUCUAUCCCCGCGAGGCUUGCCAUUAUCAUGAGAAGGUGACCUUCAUCAUUAAUGGCUGUGCCAAGAAAGUGGUGGAAGUGCUGGGACAAGGCAUUGAAAUGAAGGUCCUGACAUUCACCCCAGCAGGUGAGUUGACCCUAAAAGCGCACAAGGGUCGAUGCGUGGCCGAGAUCCAGUUCUCACCCCGUCAGCGUAUGUCUGCCUUCACGGCGGAGCUGCAGGCUGAGUGUAUGGGCACAUUAUUUUCCCUGCUGACCAUCUGCGGCUGCUGCCAGGGAAUUCAACAAUGUCUUGCCAUCCUGGAGCCAAGAAUCUUUAAGCUGGAUGCACUUUCCCAGCAGUUUGACCCCACCGAUGUGGAAUGA